ACAUGACUGAGACCGAAGCAAUGAGGGCCAGUAUCUGAGGAGUGACAAAGGUUCCAUUCCUAGGGGGAUAGAGGGCUGAGUUUUGUUCACUUCCAUCUAUUCUGCGAGAUCCCCUCAAUCUCAGCCUAUCGCAAAUGUGCCCAGGAACAACCUCUGCGCUGAUCAUUCCCCCAAUUAUUUUCUUUUGGAGCACAAGCCUUUCUGCUGCUGCUCUUAGAGAGCCUGCCCUGCCUGCAUUGCCUUUGCAUUAGAAGCAGCAGCAGGGCUACUUGGCAGCCCGAGCACUGUGUCAGGCUGCAGCAGUCACUCAGCACUAACAGGAGGGGGAGGGAAUCGGCGCCAUAUAAGGUCAAAACUCCGCCUCCUAAGACGUCACGUCUGACAGUGCAGCUCCCCGUGGCUUAGAAUUUUGUCUCCCAGGAAAGGAGGAGUGUUCCGUGCUGCUUGUGCUGGGUUGGCCAAGAUGCCAAGAAGUCUCUGGACUUGUUUAGUCCUUAUCUCCCUAGUGUGCACAUUGACUGUAUCUUCCAAGAAGAGUGGUAGUGGGAAAAGCAAAACCGGAGGCUGGAACAAUGGGAACACUGGGAACACCGGGAACACUGGGAACAACCGGAACCCCAACUAUCCAGGAGGCUAUGGCUGGAACACAGGGAACACAGGGAACACUGGAGGCAGUUGGGGGCAACAACCUUAUAAUCCUAGCGGAGGAAGCAAUUUCAACAACAAGCAAUGGAAACCUCCCAAGUCCAAAACCAAUAUGAAGGCCGUGGCCGUAGGCGCUGCUGCUGGUGCUAUUGGAGGCUACAUGCUUGGUAAUGCAGUGGGUCGUAUGAAUCAUCAUUUCGACAAUCCCAUGGAAUCCCGUUAUUAUAACGACUACUACAACCAGAUGCCAGACCGCGUUUACAGGCCAAUGUACAGAAGCGAGGAGUACGUGUCUGAAGAUAGGUUCGUCACGGAUUGCUACAAUAUGUCAGUAACAGAGUACAUCAUCAAGCCAUCCGAAGGGAAGAAUGGCAGCGAUGUAAACCAGUUGGAUACCGUGGUGAAAUCCAAAAUUAUUCGCGAGAUGUGCAUCACUGAAUACAGGAGAGGAUCAGGAUUCAAAGUGCUUUCUAACCCAUGGCUGAUCCUCACUAUCACUCUCUUUGUUUACUUUGUGAUAGAGUGACCAGAGGGAAUCGAAAUCCAAAGGCCAAUUGUAUGUAUAUAGAGAGUAUCAACCAAUUCUGAACUGUCUCGUCUCAUGCCCAAUAUGACACUGUUGGGUGCUAUGUUAAUCCAGCCCAGCUUCCUACCAUCAGUAAGCAACCAUGGAUCUUGCUUCAAUACCAACCUGAAUUCCCACUUCUGCGUCAACUACAAUUUCUGCUUGACAACACAUGUUUCUGACAUUGCAAAUGGGCUUUAUGUAUCAGUGCAUGUAUAUUAAUAAGAGAUCUUGCAAGUUCCAGUAUUGAAGAGCCCCGUUUUCUUUCAUUUAUGGAUGGCUUUUUAGAAUCCAUCAGCUGCAGGCAUGUUUUUAUUAUCUUGGACACCCUAAAGAGUCCACUGUACAGAUUGAUACACAACUCACACUUUGUGCGGAAGAAGGUUUUUUUCUAUGAUAGUUAAAAAUGAAUCUUAAUAACCCACUAUACAAAUUAUCAUUUUUAUUUUCUUGCAGGUUACAUGCUCCACACAACGGCUAUAGAAUGGUAAUUGACACUGAUAAUUCAGUCCCACAGCCUGCAGCCCUGUGUGUCUUAUCACUACCCUUUAUUUAUGCAGCACCAACAGGUUCAGUAGAACACUGCAGACAAGGUAAUAUUUCCUAUCCAUCUCUACCCAACUGUAACCCCAGAACACACACGCACAUCUUUGCAUUGUAGCCUCAUAUAGUUGUGAGGCUACAAUGCACCAUGUGCUGUUUCUUAAGUUACAGCCCGAAUGUAACCUGCCUUCGCAUUUUGCAUUCCACUGGUGUGGCCUUUGUCCUUCUAUAGCCCAUGGACAAUGUGCCACUCCAAGGUGGUUGCAGUGCAGAUUGGAUCAAAGCACUGCAAAUGCCUUACACCCCAGGCCAGGAGGAAGAAGAGGUUGUUUCUAGAUGAAGCUAGAAUUUAAGUUGGGGUUACAAGGGGAGAUAUCACUUCAUGUUUAACUUAGGAUUUAUUUGCCCUUUCUUUUGGGGAAAUGAGGGUGUUUUGUAAAUUUACUGCAGGAGGUUUUUCUCUAGAUGUUAAACUGCAGCUUACAGAAUCCCACAGCAAGAUUUCAGAGGGCUGUAGAUACCCCCAAUGUGCUCCUAUACUUAACUGUCUUUUCUAUAGGAAAUGUUUGGAUACAUUACUUAUGGAGAUACUGUAAAUAAAAUAAUGUUUUGUACAGUUGCUGUGUAAACUUAGUGCAGAUGUAGGGUAACUACAUAUUUGCACAUUUUAUUCAGAUGGAACCAUAUUUUGUGCAACUUCUAAAAUACAAUCAUACACACCCCAGAUUCCUUGCUCUGCUGACAUACAGUGCACGUUCCACAGCAGAAAACUGACAACUAUUUAUAAACACUGGAUGUGCUUUUCACACAUUGCUUACGACACAUACCUCAGCCCCAUGAAGAUGCAGAGAAGCAAACAAAAUCACUGUCCAUGUCGUUUAUUACAAUCUUUUUAAUGCAAAACGUAAGGGGAGAUAAGCUGCAGAUAAUAAUCAGAUUCCCAGAACAGGCAGUUUAUCUGAUGAGAAAUGUAUGUGCAUAUUUCAAAUAAGGACGCCAUGUUGGCAUAUGUACAAAUAUUGUAGCUGAAUCCAUACCCAACGAUCCCGCCCACCCCUCACCCCUUUAGGCCUGAUGGUGGCCCUGGACAUAACAAAUCAAGAGAAUAGCUAGCCACACUACAGCUUUUGCUGAACUUACUUACAGCUUGCCAUCUCUGCAGUAGUUGAAGGCUGUCUGUCUAUGCCCUGGCUUGCCGAAAGUAGCUGUCGAUGCUACCACCUUCUGAUGUAUUAUUUGCAUACUUCCCCCCCCCCAUUUACAGGACACUUGGUACCCCCAGUUUUUUCCAUACAGGGAGCUGUACUUCCAGUUAAAUACAACAACUCAAUGGCUAGGUUUGAACACAUUACUGCCAGUGACAUAAAUGUAAAUACCUGCUUAUCUGAGCUCUGUCUUUUAAACAGGGGUCCUUCCUCCUCCUCUAUAUAAGGUCCCCAGGUACUAGAGAAAGGUUCACAUUGACAUAGACUUUAUCUCUGACAUUUUGGCAUGAGAUGCGGACACACAGAGGGUACCCUCCUCUCCUCCAGUGAAGGUACAAAAAGUUCACUCACUCCCCUUUAUAAAAUACAUAAGCCCUGCACUUAAUAGAAUCAUACACCAAAAGAUCUCAUUUUCACAUGCGUUGCCAAACUGUCAUGUAUUCUAACUUUUCCAACUUAAAACUGAAAUGGAAACUAAUGUCUUCCCUCAGUUUAUUGGAAAUCUGGGCACAAUAUAUCAAUAUAUAUAUAGCAUCAUAGCAAGUGACAAUAAUAUGAUGUUGAUGAUAGGCCCCUGGAACUGCCACUUAGUACUGCAGUUUAUUUUAACUUUUUUUUCCAUUGUUCCACAUUCCUAACCAAAGCACCUUCUCCAGUAGCCCUCUUUGGCCGUACCAAGACGUAUGUGUGACAUUCUCCCUGUUACUGCCAUUGUAUUCCUGUAUUGUACCAUGUUUUUAAUAAAUGACUGUGCUUCAAAGGUCACUUGAGUCAUAUGUCACUUUCACUAUAUCUGGAGUGAGAGAAGAGGAUUACAGUGAAAUCCCACAGAAUCCUCUUACAGGAAAUUACUUUAAAGGAACAGUAGCCCUGAAAUGAACUGACUUAUUAUAUCAUGUACAUGACAAUUUUCUUUUUGUCCUAGAACCAAAAGAAUAAGAAGACUUGUAUUUUAUUGUUCUUAGCUCUACUGUGUGCAGCCAUCUUUAAUCUGUUUAAAAUAAAGCCUUGCCCAGUCUU